AAAUAAUGAAUCGGUUUUCAUCAUUCAUGUAUUUUUUGAUGGUGUGCUGCAUUUCAAUCGACAGUUUGCAUUUACCCCAGUAUAUAAAAACAUGUAAGGUCAGAAACGCCGACUUUAAAAAAUGUGCAAUUAAAAAUGGUAAUGACAUCAUUAAAACUAUCAUUAAAGGUGAUAGAAAGUACAAUAUUCCACCUGCAAAUCCUCUGCGAUUUCCAUUAGCUACAGUAGUGAGUGACAGUGUAAAUCUAAAUUCAACCAACAUAAGUAUUCAUGGACUAAUGGACAUCGAUAUUACUGAUGUAGAUGUCAAUUUAAGCAACAAUACAAUUUUGUUCGAGGCACAUAUACCUAUGUUGACCAUUGAGUUCCGUUACAGAAUAAGCGGAAAAAUAUCAGCUUUCACAAUACAGGGUGAAGGACCUGGUACUGUGAAGAUCUAUGAUGGUUUUUAUAGAACUGGUUUCGGUUUUAACGUGACCGACAGAAAUGGAAAACGUUAUAUGAAUUUGGGCAACGAGAGUUUCCAUUUCGAUGCCAAAAAUAUGACUUUCAAAUUUGGCAAUUUAUUCAACGGUGAUGAAAAACUUGAGUACCAGAUGACGAAUUACCUAAAUCAGAACUGGAGGGAUGUAGUGUCUGCCUUGGGACCGUCACUCGAAAAAAUAGGAAUAUUUCUUGGAAAACUGAUUGUUGGCACCAUAUUGCAAAAGGUUCCAGUGGAUGAAAUAUUUCCGGAUUUCUGA